CACCGUCGAACGGUCACACGAACGCAACAAGAAGAAGAAGCAUCAUAAGAGGAGGCAGCAAUGAAAAAUUAAACAAAGUGCAAUAAAUCCUUAAAAUAUAGAGCUAUAGAAGCCACCAUCAAGAUUUCGAGCCAGUACAGAUACCUCCAAAGGCUGACCAUGGAUCGAGUUACCAAGCCUCAGAAGAAGAUGCUCAUCACCCUGCUGCGGGAGACCAAGUACAUGGAGGGGAAAAAGGAGAAGGAGUGGUACUGGGAGAAGAUCCAGGCGGCACUUAACACCAUCGGCCCCAAAAAAACGAUUAUCCAAUGGAAAAAGUGCUGGAGAGAUAUGCGAUUGACCACCCGAAAAAAGCUGGCGGAGCUAAAGCGUGGACAGCUCUCAGGAGGAUCGCCACCACCAGGAAUAGAGCUUAACCAGGAGGACAACGACAUCAUCGACAUCGUGGGUACCGAGUACUUUUACGAGGAGAUGAACGGAGAGCUAAAACCGGAAAACUUCAUGACAGGCUUUGAAUACGCCCCGGAGCAUCUGUGCGACGCCAUUCUGACAGCGGCGGUGGGGCACCAUCAGCAGCAUAUGCAGCACCAGAAAGAUCCCCAGUCACACGCUGGGCAACAGCCCCAGCAAGAUCAUCACACAAACGAUGGAGAGACAAACGAUGCCCCUGGUUCCUCCAACGGAGGCUCUUAUCAAGGACAACCAGUGGCUCAGCUUCAGGGCCAUAACGGAAGCGGUGCCGAGCACGCCGGAGUUGGGCAAUCGCAUUCGGGAAUGCCUCAACACCCUGCCUUUCACAGUAGCUUGCAUCCUCAUCUGUUGAGACGCCAACAUGGAAGUGGAUCGGUGCCGCGGGAGUCGCCUUUCGAAGAAAAGCUACUGCAGUUCAUGCAGGACGCUUUUCCCAAAAAGAGUAAGAAACGGAAGAACAGAGAUCCGGACAAGCUGUUCCUGCUUUCCCUUUACGAAGAGAUUAAAAGAGUGCCGGAAGAAAUACGCCUCGACGUUAAGUCCGAACUAAUGCAAAUCCUCAAGAAGUAUCAGAAGAAGUCACCCGUGAAGGCGGAAAAGUCCGCAGUCUCUGCCACAACUACCUCCUCUAAGCAGAGCUCCAGCAGCACCGCUCACCUCUCGCACAGUAUGUACCAGCUGCAGAAAAAGUACGAGAAGGGAGAGCGGGAAUCCUCCCCACAAUCGCAGGUGGAGCGGGUGGCAGCUGCCGGAUCCGUUGCUGUUCCUCUGCACGGCGCUCAGCAGCUACCGAUCUUCCAGCUGCAAAAGAAGUACGAGGAGAGUGCCGUGGACAAAGUCCACCAGCAGCAGCAAAGCGAACAGCGCAAGCACGUUGAAGCUGCGCAAGCCCACCAUGCCACCCACCAGCAACCGCCACCUCCACCGCCAAACGAGCAACACCUGCACCACCCACAGAUGACCCACAACAUAAUGUUCCCGCUAAGCCAGCUCCGCAAUGAACAACCGCCGGCCCAGCAGCACCAGCACGCUCACAAUCCCCACCAGCAGCAACAACAACAUCCUCACCAGCAGCAGCAACAGCAACAAGCUCAGCAACAUCACCCGCCCACGAUCUUUGGAUCAACAGCCAGCGAAAGGCCUGCGAUGUCCUACGAGAAUGUCGGAUGAGUACUGAGCCGUCUGUGGGAAGCCACUUGUGGAGCACCACGCCCUGUGACGGUGUCGCCCACGACGGCAGAUUCGCAUCACUGUUAACUUCCCAGUGAGAAAUCAAUAUACGUAUGCUAGCAUAUUCCUAAGCACACUCUCGCUCACUGGCCAAGGUGUUUUGUAGCUCAGACGAUACAUUUUCGGAGAUAAAAGCAUACUUUGUAGAUAGUCUACGAAAUGAUCCUCAUGUAAAUGUUUCC